AUGCAGUCACUCUCUACCGAGGAAUCAGCCUACAUGUCGCCGGACUUGUCUUCCCCGGCUUCCUCACCCGACUCAUCGCCCAAUCUCGAGCCUUUGGAUCUUGAUUUGAACUCUGGCUGGGACAGUGACACGGAAGCGCAUAACCACGAUCCAUACGCUGGCUCUCAGUAUGCGCGCCGGCCGCCGCGCAUGUACGAGCGUAGGGUGGAUGCUGCACCAUUCGAACCGGCUUCAACACUGUCAACCCCGCCAGUUACUCCGCCGCCCAAUCAGACCGCGCGACAGCCAGCUGCUGUCAACAUCACACAAGACCUCGAAGACUUAUGGGGCGACGACGAGGAAUCCGCGCGGCCACCGCUCGAGUUUCAGACGAGUGCACCAGACAUCGAGAUGCUCGAGACGAAGCAUAAGAUGGAUGCGUGGAAGGACGUCAUCAGUGAAGCCGUGGACAACAACACCCAGACUAUCGACCUUUCAAACAAAGGUCAUACGUUCAUCCCAGACGAGGUGGCUGAUCUCUCCGGCAUCACCAUACUUCAAGAGGACCAUGCUCGACAUCUGACUUCUGCACGAUCGUUUGGCAAGUCCGAAUUCAAGCGCAAGCUCGGUUCGGGCGCUCAGACCUUGGGUCUCGAACUGAACCUGGCUGCAAACGCUAUAUACGCGCUUCCUCCGGGUCUGUUCGCUUUGGAUAACUUGACUUUUCUAUCUCUCCGUGGAAACCGGCUCGAAUAUCUACCACCCCAGAUAUACCGACUUCGCAGGCUCGAAGUCCUCAACGUCUCCAACAACCUACUCCGCUAUCUUCCCGCCGAACUCUGCGAACUCCCGCUCAAGCAGCUCUACGUCCAUCCGAACGACCGGCUCCUCCCCGAUCCAUCUACGGGAACAUCACAUACGGGCUCGUCACCCUGGAGAGCGGUCAACCCCGUCGAAGUAUCGGACAGCGUACCGUCGCUGCGCGAGAUCAUACUGCGGUAUCUGCUGUCGCCCCAUGUACCGGAGUCGACAUCGCCGGAAUCGCCGCACGUUCUCCUUACGCCACACAACUUGCCGAUGCGAGUGCGCGUGCCAGCGAAAGGCUACACUAGCAACCUCGUCGCACACAUACAACUACCUCUAUCAAUGUCUGACUUGCCGCCGAUUGCCCGUGUCCUUGAGGAGCAUCAACCUGGGGUUAUUGCACGCUCGUCUUACUCGCGCGUCUCCACCGCGGCGUCGGUCAGCACAGCCGGCGGCACCGCUCAAGAGGAACUGCCCAAAGGCGUCAGUCAUUGCAUGUCACCAAUGCAUGGGGAUAGCGCCGGAGGAAUGGGCCCGCCGUACGUUGAGCAUGUCGAGCAGCGCGUUCUUUGGGCGCAAAACAUCUGCGGGAUUGACGUUGGGACGACGUCGGGUGGUGGGGUACCAUUGCUAUGGAGGGGGUGCGAGCGAGGGUGUUUGACGUUUCUCGACUUUACGUCUAUCAGCGAUGAUGAGUGA